GGGCGCGGCGGGCGCGGCGCCAUCUACGUGUGGGCGUCAGGCAACGGCGGGUCGCGCGGCGACAACUGCGACUGCGACGGCUACAUCGGCAGCAUCUACACGCUGGCCGUGGGCAGCGCGUCGCAGCGCGGCCAGUUCCCCUGGUACGGCGAGCGCUGCGCCGCCACCAUGGCCACCACCUACUCCAGCGGCGCCUACACCGACCAGAUGAUCGCAACGACCGACUUGGGUAACACAUGCACAGUGAAGCACACUGGCACGUCCGCAUCAGCGCCCCUGGCGGCCGGGAUCAUCGCCCUCGCCCUCGAAGUCAACCCCGAGCUGACGUGGCGCGACGUGCAGCACCUGGUGGUGUGGACGUCGGAGUACGCGCCGCUGAGCGACAACGAGGGCUGGCGGCGCACGGCGGCGGGCUUCUGGGUGAACACGCGCUUCGGCUUCGGCCUGAUGAACGCCGCGUCGCUGGUGGCGCACGCCGCCAACUGGACCACCGUGCCGCCCGCCGCCCUCUGCCUC